ACUUUUAUCAAGGAUCAUGGCAUCAGCAGCAGAACAGCAACAACAACAGCAACAGCAGCAGCAGCAACAGCAACAGCAACAAACUACUCUUGAAUUUUAUCAAGCUAUGGCUGAUUUUAAGAACAUGUUCCCGCAGAUGGACGACGAUGUUAUUGAGGCUGUCCUACGAUCAAAUCAAGGAGCUGUAGACACAACCAUUGAUCAGUUACUUUCAAUGAGUACUGAUAAUGAAAAUGAAAAGAUUCGUAGUGAGAUUGAAGAGAAUGAAGAUCCAUCGAAAUCUGACAAAACAACAAAAAAAUUCAAAGCCAAGUUAAGUAGAAGCAUGCAAAAAUGGCAGCCUCCUUUAGUGGGACCUUUACCAGAUUCUUUUCUAAGAAUUUCUUGCUAUGGAGGUGAUAUAGCUGAAAAUUCGGACCUAGUCCAUGACAGCUCUCUGUUAGAGGAUGAGAGGAUUGCUAUGUUUUUGCAAAAUGAAGAAUUCAUGGCUGAGUUACGCUGGAACGAAGAUUUUUUAUCUACUCUAGAAAAAGAUUCUAAGUUACAAGGUAAAUGUGAAACUGCUAACGAAGAAGAUUUAUUCAAGGAAAGACUUAAAAAUAUGGGAAAAGCGUCAAGACGGAAAUUCGCACAGCUUACUAAAGUUUUUACACGGAGUAAAAAGCGGGGAGGACGACAACUUUUACCACCAACAGCCUCGUGCGACGAUUUGUUGGAUCCUGAAGAGUCAUCAAAGCCACAUACCUAAAGUACCUCAUAUGAGGUACACUUGAUAGAUAUUGUAAUUGGCAUGGCAAGGAUGCCAUGAACAGUGAUGAGAAUCUCAGUUUAUUUUUUUGAUCCAUGCAAAAUGAUCUCAGAACACUUUGCACUUGUUGAUGAUUAUUGCAGUUUCAAUUGUAGAUUUAUUAAAAUUAAUAAUGCUAAUUGAAAUGGCAUAAAGCUCAAAAAA